CGGUAGCGAGCGUCUUCCAAAAUGGCGUCCAGAUAUUAUCAAGAGAUGCAAGAGAGUUUCAGAAAUAACAACAAAAGCAGGGAAUUCCCUGCGCAUAGCGCUAAAGUUCAUUCAGUAGCAUGGAGUUGCGACGGCAGGAGGUUGGCAUCUGGAUCUUUUGAUAAAACAGCAAGCGUAUUUGUCUUGGAAAAAGACCGUUUGGUGAAAGAGAACAACUACAGAGGCCAUGGAGACAGUGUUGAUCAGCUGUGUUGGCAUCCUACCAACCCAGACGUGUUUGUCACUGCAUCAGGGGACAAGACCAUACGCAUCUGGGACGUCAGAACAACAAAGUGCACGGCUACUGUCAACACUAAAGGGGAAAACAUCAACAUCUGCUGGAGUCCCGACGGCCAAACGAUAGCCGUUGGGAACAAGGACGAUGUGGUUACCUUCAUCGACGUCAAAUCACACCGGUCACGGGCUGAGGAGCAGUUUAAGUUCGAAGUCAACGAGAUCUCGUGGAAUAAUGACAACGACAUGUUCUUUCUCACCAAUGGAAACGGGUGCAUCAACAUCUUGAGUUACCCCGAGCUGAAGCACAUCCAGUCGAUCAACGCCCAUCCCUCCAACUGCAUCUGCAUCAAGUUUGACCCCACGGGGAAGUACUUUGCCACAGGAAGUGCAGAUGCCCUGGUCAGUCUGUGGACCGUUGAAGAACUGGUCUGUGUUCGUUGUUUCUCCAGGUUGGACUGGCCAGUGAGAACAUUGAGUUUCAGCCAUGAUGGGAAGAUGCUGGCUUCAGCCUCCGAGGACCACUUCAUAGACAUAGCAGAGGUUGAAACAGGAGAGAAGCUGUGGGAGGUCCAGUGUGAAUCUCCUACGUUCACAGUAGCCUGGCAUCCUAAGAGACCGCUGCUGGCCUACGCAUGUGAUGACAAGGAAGGGAAGUACGACAACAAUAGAGAGGCAGGCACUGUCAAACUGUUUGGAUUACCUAAUGAUUCCUGAGUGGGAGUCAAGGCAGUCGCUGUCAAACUGUUUGGAUUACCUAAUGAUUCCUGAGUGGGGUAGCGAUGCAGGCGCUGUCAAACUGUUUGGAUUACCUAAUGAUUCCCGAGUGGGAGUCGGGGCAGGUGCUGUCAAACUGUUUGGGAUUACCUAAUGAUUCCUGAGUGGGAGUCGAGACAGUCGCUGUCAAACUGUUUGGAUUACCUAAUGAUUCCUGAGUGGGAGUCGAGGCAGGCGCUGUCAAACUGUUUGGAGUUAUCUAAUGAUUCCUGAGUGGGGUAGCGAUGCAGGCGCUGUCAAACUGUUUGGAGUUACCUAAUGAUUCCUGAGUGGGGUAGCGAUGCAGGCGCUGUCAAACUGUUUGGGAUUACCUAAUGAUUCCUGAAGGGAAGAGGGCCUAGAGUUGCCCUGAAGGGAAGAGGGCCUAGAGUUGCCCUGAAGGGAAGAGGGCCUAGAGUUGCCCUGAAGGGAAGAGGGCCUAGAGUUGCCCUGAAGGGAAGAGGGCCUAGAGUUGCCCUGAAGGGAAGAGGGCCUAGAGUUUCCCUGAAGGGAAGAGGGCCUAGAGUUUCCCUGAAGGGAAGGGGGCCUAGAGUUGCCCUGAAGGGAAGGGGGCCUAGAGUUGCCCUGAAGGGAAGGGGGCCUAGAGUUGCCCUGAAGGGAAGAGGGCCUAGAGUUGCCCUGAAGGGAAGAGGGCCUAGAGUUGCCCUGAAGGGAAGAGGGCCUAGAGUUGCCCUGAAGGGAAGAGGGCCUAGAGUUGCCCUGAAGGGAAGAGGGCCUAGAGUUGCCCUGAAGGGAAGAGGGCCUAGAGUUGCCCUGAAGGGAAGAGGGCCUAGAGUUGCCCUGAAGGGAAGAGGGCCUAGAGUUGCCCUGAAGGGAAUAGAUAAAACAUCAUUUCCUCUCUGGUGAGGGGGAAAACACUAGUGUUCUCUUGGAAACCACCAGAUGGCAGAGAAUCCCAAUUAUGAAAUAGUUGUUUGUCCAAGGCUCUGUCGUAACCGGCCGCGACCGGGAGGUCCGUGGGGCGACGCACAAUUGGCCUAGCGUCGCCCGGGACUCCUGUGGCGGGCUGGGCGCAGUGUGCGCUAGCCAAGGUUGCCAGGUGCACGGUGUUUCCUCUGACACAUUGGUGCGGCUGGCUUCCGGGUUGGAUGCGCACUGUGUUAAGAAGCAGUGCGGCUUGGUUGGGUUGUGUAUCGGAGGACGCGUGACUUUCAACCUUCGUCUCUCCCGAGCCCGUACGGGAGUUGUAGCGAUGAGACAAGAUAGUAGCUACUACAACAAUUGGAUACCACGAAAUUGGGGAGAAAAAGGGGUAAAAUUCAAUAAAAAAAGAUUAAAAAAAAAAAAAGAAAUAGUUGUUUGUUUCUGUAGUUUUCUACAUGACUGUUUCUCCAUACAGUUUGCAAUUACACACAGUGCUGUAUCACAUUUAGUUGAAACUGUAAAUAUAUAUAUAUAUUUUUAUAUUAAAACAACAGUCUUGUAUACUUGUCUUGGUUGAACAUAUCAAGGUAUGCAACUAAUAUGGUGCAUUGUAUGUUUGCUGUCUAGAUUUGGUGGGUUAUUUCACUAAAAGGGGACUGUAAUCUCAGCCAGGAAACGGUGAUUCAUUGCAGGCUAUGGCAUGAAGACGUUGUGUAACUAAAUGCAUUUAUGUAAUGUACACAGAGAUGGUGGGUGUGAGGUCUUGGACUUGAUAUGGUAGCCUACCCUCUGUGUCACAGCUCCCACACACCAACCAGCACAAGACCAUGUUAUCUUAACUGGGUGAAUAUGAUGCCCUGCCAACUAAGUACAGUAUACAGUCCGGUCCAAAGACGAGCCAAAAAUACUUUCAAAUAAAUCAUACAAGUUCUGGGUUAUAUUGCAUUUUCCUGUCCAAUGAUGUAAAAAACAUGUAUAUAUAUUUUAUACUAAUACAAUGGCUCAGAGAAAUAUAUUUUGUUUAAGAAGUAAUAUUUUCCCCCCCCGGAUGUUUUGAGUAUCUCACCUUUUGAGUAUAAUGGCACUGAGCCUUUCUUUCUACAAUGUAUCAGAUUAGAGAACACGUUGGGAGGGAUCAUAGACCAUUGAUAUCCUUAAUCUGCGCUUAGGGACGGCCCUCAUCAAGUUCCGGAGAAUGAGAUGGCUAUUGCAAAAUGUUUUUAAUUUUAUUUUGUGGUCGAUUUAACAUUUCUUUGAUGUGUGCUUGGGGUUAUUGUCUUGCUGGAAGAUCCACUAUCUUUUUGAGAUAAACUUUUGGUAAUAAAAAAACAAACAAAAAAUUCUUCAAUUGUGUUUAGUAUAAAAUAAUAAAAUGUCCAAAUGUUUUUGAACAA